GCAGGGAAAUUACUCUCUAAGCAACUUCUCCGUUGCCAGAUAGCGUCUGAUGUGAAGAGCUUAUUUUGGGAAUGAAAGAAGGAACUCGGUUGCGAUAAAAAGAAAGAGAUGGCAAGAAAGAAGUUGAAAAAGUUCACUACUUUGGAGCUUAUGCUCAGUGUUCUUCUGCUUGUGGUGUUUAUCAUCACUAUUCCUCUCUUUGUGCUUUCAGCCAGAGACUCUUUGGAAUCAGAAGGUCCUGGGACAACAGUUACCUCAGGUCCUGGGAUGACAGUUACUCCAGAUCCUGGGAAAAGUACCACUCCUGGUUCUGCCGAGUGCCCAGUGGUAAAUGAAUUGGAACGGAUAAACUGCAUCCCUGACCAGUCACCAACAAAGGCCAUGUGUGACCAGCGUGGGUGCUGCUGGAAACCUCAGGGACCCAUAAGUGUGCCCUGGUGCUACUAUUCUAAGAGUCAUGGCUAUCAAGUGGAGGGCAACCUUGUGAACACAAAUGCAGGGUUCACAGCCCAGUUGAAAAGGUUGCCUUCUCCAUCUCUUUUUGGAAAUGAUGUCAACAACGUCCUUCUCACAGCGGAAUACCAGACGUCUAACCGUUUCCACUUUAAGUUCACUGACCAAAACCAGGACAGGUACGAAGUGCCCCAUGAACAUGUGCAACCCUUCAAAGGAAAUGCUGCUGCUUCCUUGACCUAUAAACUUGAGGUCUCCAAACAGCCAUUUAGCAUCAAAGUGAUCAGAACGAGCAACAAUCACGUUCUGUUUGACUCCAGCAUCGGGCCCCUGCUGUUUGCUGAUCAGUUCCUGCAGCUCUCCAUCCGACUGCCUAGUGCUAACGUGUAUGGUCUGGGAGAACACGUGCACCAGCAGUACCGGCAUGAUAUGAAUUGGAAGACCUGGCCCAUAUUUGCCAGGGACACAAUCCCCAAAGGGGAUGGAACUAACUUGUAUGGUGCACAGACAUUCUUCCUAUGCCUUGAAGAUGCUAGUGGAUUGUCCUUUGGAGUGUUUCUGAUGAACAGCAAUGCCAUGGAGGUUUCCCUCCAGCCCACCCCAGCCGUCACUUACCGCACCACUGGGGGCAUUCUCGACUUCUACGUGUUCUUGGGAAACACUCCAGAGCAAGUGGUUCAAGAGUAUCAAGAGCUCAUUGGACGGCCAGCCCUACCCUCAUACUGGGCACUUGGGUUUCAUCUCAGUCGUUAUGACUAUGGAACCCUGGGUAACAUGAAAGAAGUCAUGGAGAGAAACCGUGCCGCACAGCUGCCUUACGACGUUCAGCAUGCUGAUAUCGAUUAUAUGCAUGAGAGGAAGGACUUCACUUAUGAUCCAGUAAAUUUUAAGGGCUUCCCUGAGUUUGUUAAAGAGUUACACAAUAACGGACAAAAAUUGGUCAUCAUUGUGGAUCCAGCCAUCUCCAACAACUCUUCCCCAAGUAAUCCCUAUGGCCCGUAUGACAGGGGUUCAGAUAUGAAGAUAUGGGUGAAUGCUUCAGAUGGAGUGACUCCACUCAUUGGGGAGGUCUGGCCGGGAAAAACUGUGUUUCCUGAUUACACCAACCCCAAGUGUACUGCUUGGUGGGCAAAUGAAUGUGAGCUUUUCCACAAUCAAGUAGAAUUUGAUGGAAUCUGGAUUGAUAUGAAUGAAGUCUCCAACUUCGUGGAUGGUUCAGUUUCAGGAUGUUCCACAAACAAUCUAAAUUAUCCCCCAUUCACUCCCAGAAUCCUGGAUGGGUACCUGUUCUGCAAGAGUCUCUGCAUGGAUGCAGUACAGCACUGGGGCAAGCAAUAUGAUGUCCACAAUCUGUAUGGCUACUCCAUGGCAAUUGCCACAGCAGAAGCUGUCAAGACUGUGUUCCCUAACAAGAGAAGCUUCAUUUUAACCCGUUCUACCUUUGCGGGGUCUGGCAAGUUUGCAGCCCACUGGUUAGGAGACAACGCAGCCACCUGGAAUGACCUUCGAUGGUCCAUCCCUGGCAUGCUCGAGUUCAGCCUUUUUGGUAUCCCAAUGGUGGGUUCUGACAUAUGUGGCUUUACAUUGGAUGCUCCCGAAGAGCUCUGCAGGAGGUGGAUGCAGCUGGGAGCAUUCUAUCCAUUUUCCAGGAAUCACAAUGGCCAAGGCUACAAGGCCCAGGAUCCUGCCUCCUUUGGAGCUGACUCUCUGCUGUUGAAUUCCUCCAGGCACUACCUUACCAUCCGCUAUGCUCUAUUGCCCUAUCUCUACACCCUCUUCUACCGUGCUCACAGCCAGGGGGACACGGUGGCCAGGCCCCUUCUGCAUGAGUUCUACGAGGACAGCAACACUUGGGAUGUGCAGCAACAGUUUUUAUGGGGGCCCGGCCUCCUCAUCACUCCGGUUCUGGCUGAGGCAAGUGUUCCCGCCGAGACACGCUGGUGGUCUCUGGUCUUGCUCCUGGGUGCAGAGAAAGUGACAGCAUAUGUGCCUGAUGCCGUCUGGUAUGACUAUGAGACUGGGGGCCGAGUGAAAUGGAGGAAGCAAAAAGUGGAGAUGGAACUUCCUGGAGACAAAAUUGGACUUCACCUUCGAGGAGGCUACAUCUUCCCCACACAGCAGCCAGCCACAACCACUGUGGCCAGUCGAAGGAACCCUCUUGGUCUUAUCAUUGCCCUGGAUGACAACAAAGAAGCAAAAGGCGAACUUUUCUGGGAUGAUGGGGAAACGAAAGAUACUGUGGCCAAUAAAGUUUACCUCUUAUGUGAGUUCUCCGUCACCCAAAACCGCUUGGAUGUGAAGAUUUUGCAAUCAACCUACACAGACCCCAAUAAUUUAGCAUUUAAAGAGAUUAAAAUCCUUGGGACCCAGGAACCUACCAAUGUUAUAGUGAAACACAACGGUGUCGAAAUUCAAGUUUCUCCUAAUGUCACUUAUGAUUCUAACCUCCAGGUGGCCCUUAUCACAGAAAUUGAUCUUGUCCUGGGAGGAAUAUACACGGUGGAGUGGGAUGUGAAGAUUAGGGAUGCAGAAAAAAUAGACUGUUAUCCUGAUGAGAAUGGUGCUUCUGCAGAAAACUGUACUGCCCGCGGCUGUGUCUGGGAGGUAUCCGGUUCUCCUGGAGUCCCUUUUUGCUAUUUUGUCAAUGAUCUAUACUCUGUCAGUGAUGUUCAGUAUGACUUACAUGGGGCCACAGCUGUCCUCUCCUUAAAGUCUUCGUAUGCCUCCUCUUUGCCCUCCGUACCCGUGAACUCCCUCCGUCUGAAUGUGACCUACCAUAAGGAUAACAUGCUGCAGUUUAAGAUUUAUGAUCCCAACAACAACCGGUAUGAAGUUCCAGUCCCUCUCAACAUACCCAGGGUUCCAUCCAGCACCUCUGAGAGUCGACUCUAUGAUGUCCUCAUUAAGAAGAACCCUUUUGGGAUUGAAAUUCACCGGAAGAGUACAGGCACUGUAAUUUGGGACUCUCAGCUCCUUGGCUUCACCUUCAACGACAUGUUCAUCCGCAUCUCCACGCGCCUCCCCUCCCAGUACCUCUACGGCUUUGGGGAAACUGAGCACACAGCCUUUCGAAGAGACUUGAACUGGAACACGUGGGGAAUGUUUUCCCGAGACCAACCCCCGGGGUACAAGAAGAAUUCCUAUGGUGUCCACCCCUACUACAUGGCACUGGAGGAGGAUGGCAAUGCCCAUGGGGUCCUGCUGCUGAACAGCAACGCCAUGGAUGUGACAUUCCAGCCCUUGCCUGCCUUGACGUACCGUACCACAGGAGGAAUUCUGGACUUCUAUGUCUUCUUGGGGCCGACUCCAGAGCUUGUCACUCAGCAGUACACUGAGUUGAUUGGUCGGCCAGUGAUGGUUCCUUAUUGGUCCUUGGGGUUUCAGCUGUGUCGCUAUGGAUACAAGAACGACGCUGAGAUUGGUAGCUUGUAUGAUGAGAUGGUGGCUGCCCAGAUCCCAUAUGACGUGCAGUAUGCGGACAUCGACUACAUGGAGCGGCAGCUGGACUUCACCCUCAGCCCCGAGUUUGAGGGGCUUCCAGCUCUGAUUACUCGAAUGAAGGCCGAUGGGAUGCGGGUCAUCCUCAUUCUGGACCCAGCCAUUUCUGGCAACGAGACAAAGCCCUAUCCCCCUUUCACACGGGGUGUGGAGGACGAUGUCUUCAUCAAAGAUCCGAAUGAUGGAAACAUUGUUUGGGGAAAGGUCUGGCCUGAUUUUCCCGAUAUUGUUAUCAACAGUUCUCUAGACUGGGAAAGUCAAGUGGAGCAAUACCGAGCUUAUGUGGCCUUCCCAGACUUUUUCCGUAAUUCAACCAUCACAUGGUGGAAAAGGGAGUUGAGAGAAAUGUACACCAAUCCACGGGAUCCAGAGAAGAGCUUGAAGUUUGAUGGCAUAUGGAUUGAUAUGAAUGAACCGGCAAGCUUCGUGAGUGGGGCAGUCCCUCCAGGCUGCAAGGAUGCCUGUCUGAACCACCCUCCCUACAUGCCAUAUUUGGAGUCCAGGGACAGGGGCCUGAGCAGCAAGACCCUGUGCAUGGAGAGCCAGCAGCUCCUGCCUGAUGGCUCCCCGGUGCGGCACUACGACGUGCACAGCCUGUACGGGUGGGCCCAGACCAGACCCACGUACGAAGCUGUGCAGGAGGUGACGGGACAGCGAGGGAUCGUCAUCACUCGCUCCACUUUUCCUUCUUCUGGCCGCUGGGGAGGACACUGGCUGGGUGACAACACGGCCGCGUGGGACCAGCUGAGGAAAUCUAUCAUUGGCAUGAUGGAGUUUAGCCUCUUCGGCGUAUCCUUUACAGGAGCGGAUAUUUGUGGAUUCUUUCAAGAUGCUGAAUAUGAAAUGUGUGCUCGCUGGAUGCAGCUGGGGGCCUUUUACCCCUUCUCGAGGAACCACAACAGCAUUGGGGCCAGGAGGCAAGACCCUGUGUCCUGGGAUUCUACCUUUGUGACUAUCUCCAGAAGUGUCCUGCAGACCAGAUACACCCUGUUGCCAUAUCUGUACACCCUGAUGCACAGGGCCAACACGGAGGGCAGCACUGUCGUGCGGCCUCUUCUCCAUGAGUUUGUGUCAGACCAGGUGACCUGGGAUGUAGACAGUCAGUUCCUUCUGGGCCCAGCCUUCCUGGUCAGCCCUGUCCUGGAGCCUAAUGCCAGAAAUGUCACUGCAUAUUUCCCUAGAGCCCGCUGGUAUGAUUACUACACGGGUGUGGACAUUCAAGCCCGGGGAGAGUGGAAGUCCUUGCCAGCGCCUCUUGACCACAUUAAUCUUCAUGUCCGUGGGGGCUACAUCCUGCCCUGGCAAGAGCCUGCACAGAACACCUACUUAAGCCGUCAGAAAUUCACAGGCUUCAAGGUUGCCUUGGGUGAUGAGGGGACUGCUGAAGGUUGGCUCUUCUGGGAUGAUGGGCAAAGCAUUGAUACCUAUGGGAAAGGACUCUACUACCUGGCCCACUUUUCUGUCAGCCAGAAUACAAUGCACAGUCAUGUAAUUUUCAACAAAUACAUCAGCGAUACAAACCCUGUGAAACUGGGCUACAUUGAGAUCUGGGGAGUGGGCAGUGUCUCCGUUUCCGGUGUCAGCAUCUCUGUGAGCGGCGUGGUUAUAACACCCACCUUCUCCUACAACUCUACAACACAGGUGUUAAACAUUGAUGUGACCAGCAGAAACCUCAGCUUACACAAUUUCACUUCAUUGACAUGGAGAGCACUCUGAAUUUUUAGAGCAAGAUCCUAACUACGAAUGGCUUUGAUACUACUUAUACUUCAUGCUCAUAAAAUUAUUGUGUGUUGCCAGAUCGUGCCCAGUACAGCUAAAAUAUUUUCUUGGUUUUGUUUUAUGUUCUGUCUGUGUUUUAGCCCUGUGCUAUAGGCAGUAGGGAGGUGUGGAAAACUGCGGGUUACCUUGAUGUCUCUCUGUGAUUAGUAUGGUACUGAUGGCUAAGCAUACAUAUACUGAAGACGCACUGGGUCCAUGAUGAAGCAUGUGUGCGUGUAUAUGUGUGUGUGAUUAGGGGAUGGGCCCACUCUUGCUAAAUAUACAAGCUACAGCUUUCCAGGAUAGUUUGGAUCCUAGAGCUAACUAACUCAUCAAAAAAGUAUCCAGAAAGAACAUCUGCCAGGUAGUUAUAGGGAGAUGGGAUAAUUUGCUGAGAGCAUGAUAUAAGGGGAAGAAAAGGCAAACGUAGGGAAGGUAAGCAGGAAAGAUGAGAGAGAACAGAGCAUGAGGAUAAAAGUGACCAUGACAAGUAAGAAGAUAACAUACAAGUAUUAGGAAUAGCAGCCUCAUGGGAAGGAGAAGGGAAGAGCUAGCUCAUUUGAAAACAAGAGGAGGGGCUGGGGAAAUCCUUAGCCUAUGGGAAUAGGGCUGGGGUGAGAUUUAAGCAGGCAAAGUUGAAGGAAGGAAUCUGAAUGUAAAAAAUAACUUACUUUUGCUGUGGUGUGCUUUGAAAUAUGUAAACCUUAUUUCUCUACUCUGUGCCUGAUGUAUAUAACCACAGUUCACACAAAUGCAUGCAACUCAUGUGCCAACUAAAAAUAGGCAAGCACAUUUACAAAAGAUUUUGAAUUUUGUGGUAAUUUGACCGUGGGUAAUCUCACUUCGGCAAUAAAACUUCUUUCUAUUCAGCAAAA